AUGUACGUCAAAGGAUUACGAUUCCAGCUCUGCCAGAUGGUGAUAGUGAUGCUCUUCGCCGAAGCCUUGGGUCGCCUGCACAAGAGGAAUGGCUACCACUAUCGACCCCAGCAGCCGCCGCCGUUGCCGCAGCAGCACCAUCAAAAUGGAUACUAUGAAUCCCUGCAUCCGGCAGUGGAACCUCCAGAGCCAGAGCACAGUAGUCCCCAGCACAUCAGUUCACAGCAUAGUACUACCCAGCACAGUAGUCCCAAGAGCUACUACAGCCAGUCGUCGGGGAGCAGCAGCAGCAGUAGCAACAAGGGGAAUCAUGGCUACAGCAUUGGCAGCGGACUGCGUUCCAUAGCCCAGGGAUCAGCGGAUCAGGCGCACAGCGCCGUGUCCAACCAGCAUGCGGCGGCCAAGCAGGCGGCAUACAUUGCACAGAACACCCUCGCGCAAGCGGCAUCCCAGGCAUCGGCCACGGCCCAGGCUGCGCUUGCGGGGAAGGAGGUGGUGCUGCAGGAAUUGGAGCAGCAGGCCGCCGAGGCCCAGCGGGCGCUCUCCCGCGAGCUGGAGCAGCUGAAGGCCGCGAAGAUCUCCUCAAGACUGGCCCAGCAGACGGCGCAGGCGGCCCAUCAUCACAUCUCCGUCCUGACGGCGGCCGUAAACAAUGCCAAAUCCGUGGCCGAGCAGGCGGAGCAAACUGCUAGCGAGGUGUCCAACCAACUGGCCUCCCAGUCCACAAUGGUGGGCCAAGCCAAGAACCGCCUCGAACAAGUGGAGGAGCAGCUGCAGCAGGCGCGUGUGGAUUACGCGGCCACCAAAGAGUCGGCCCUGAAAGCAGCCUCUUCGGCGGCUGCAGCUCAGGUGAAUGCCUCCAAGGCGGCGCAGCAUGCGACCAUUGGUCUGCACGAGAGCACGAAUCAGUCGGGGCACCCCCUUGAGGGGCACGAGGGGCAUGAAUUGGCAGAGGAAUCGUACGAUGAGCACAUUGACACCAGCGGCGUGGGCCACACGGCGUCAGGUGACGAGCACACGCGAAAUGUGUACGCCCAGUGA